CCUAUCAGAGAGUGGGGGCGGGGCUUCCUCUGCAGGGGCGGGGUCUAAAACAUCACAGAAACACGGGCAUCAGUACGAAGAGUCCCCGAGCCACAGGUUCCAGCCCGGUGUCGCUGCUGCAGCGGCUGCUCUGUCACAGCUGCAGCUUUACUUGGCCUACAGAAGAAGAAGAAGAAGAAGAAUGAGAUGAAGGAGGAGAAGAAGAGGAGGAGGAGGAGGAGGGAGCAGAAACAAAGAGAUUUGUACAGACUGUGUUCAAAGUGAAAGAUGAGUGAAAUAUAAACGGAGGUGUGGAGAGGGUUCACCUGGAGGACUGUUUCUUCUUCUGCUGUGUCUGAAGCAGCAGCAGCUUCAUCAUGUCGGAGGAGGCUGCAGGAGCACAGCAAGGUCCACAGGAGGAGGAGGAGGAGGAGGAGGAGGAGGGAGGUGGAGGAGGAGAAAGAGGAGAGGAAGGAGAGGGUGGAGAGGAAGGUGAAGAGGGAGGAGAAGAAAAGGUUGCCAUGGAGACGCCCAAAUGUCCCGUUUACUGUGUGUGCAGGAAACCAGACAUCAACUGUUUCAUGAUAGGGUGUGACAGCUGUACCGAGUGGUUUCAUGGAGACUGUAUCGGAGUUUCAGAAAAAGCAGCUAAAGCCAUCAGAGUGUGGUACUGUCCGUCCUGCAAAGACAAAGACUCAUCUCUGGAGAUUAAAUACCGUCUGAAGAAGAAGGAGGAGAAAGAGUCAGAACCUGAUGGAGACGGGAGCUCCACCCCUCAGCCCAAGACUGACAGGAGGCGGGGCUCACAGAUCAAGCGUUCAGCCCGGAUGUGCGGGGAGUGUGACGCCUGCCUGAGGACGGAGGACUGUGCUCAGUGUGACUUCUGUAAAGACAUGAAGAAGUUCGGAGGUCCAAACAAAAUCCGACAGAAGUGUCGUCUGCGGCAGUGUGAGGUCCGAGCCCGGAAGAUGCUUCGUGUCAAAGACGAGGAGAUGAGUCGGAGCGGUGGCAGAGGGCGGGCUCUGUCGCGUAGAGGGGCGGGGCAUCAGACAGAGGAAGAGGAGGAUGAGGAUGAAGAGGAGAUCUUCAGUGAGAGCGAGCUGGAGCUGUAUGAGCAGUACAAAGCUGCUGGAUUCAGAGACCUGGUGUGGCGCAGCGAGGAAGAGGACGCUCAGUCGGACUCUCUGAGGAAGAAGGCGGUGAAGGUGAAACAUGUCAAGAGACGGGAGAAGAAGCCGGAGAAGAAGAAGUCUGUGUCUGUUCCUAAAGAGGAGGUGAAGCCUCGCCGUCACAAAACGAAGCAGCGUCACAGGGAGCGAGGUGGAGGGGGCGGGGUCAAGGAUGUGGGCGGGGCUCUGAGGCAGUGUCUGGGACCAGGAUGUGUCCAACCAGCAAGAACCAACUCCAAGUACUGUUCUGAUGACUGCGGCAUGAAGCUCGCCGCCAAUCGUAUCUACGAGAUCCUGCCUCAGAGGAUCCAGCAGUGGCAGCAGAGUCCAUGCGUUGCCGAGGAGAUGGGGCGGAGACAGCUGGAGCGAAUCAGGAAGGAGCAGCAGGCGGCGAGGCUCCGCCUCACGCUGAUGGAGAAACGCUUCCAUGAACUCGAAGGCAUCAUCGCCAACGCCAAGCAGCAGCAGGUCCAACAUCACGAGGAGGUGACUGAAGGUGACGGCGACGACACAGACCUUCAGAUCUUCUGUGUCUCCUGCAGUCAUCCCGUGAACCCGAAGGUGGCGCUGAGACACAUGGAGAGAUGCUACGCUAAGUACGAGAGUCAGACAUCGUUUGGUUCCAUGUACCCAACACGAAUAGAGGGGGCGACCCGGUUGUUCUGUGAUGUGUAUAACCCUCAGAGUAAGACGUACUGUAAGCGGCUGCAGGUUCUGUGUCCAGAACACUCCAGAGAUCCAAAGGUCCCAGCAGAUGAGGUUUGUGGUUGUCCUCUGGUGAAAGACGUGUUUGAGCCAACAGGAGAGUUCUGCCGACUGUCGAAGAGGAAGUGUAACAAACACUACUGCUGGGAGAAACUGCGCCGCGCCGAGGUCGACCUCGAGAGAGUCCGAGUGUGGUACAAACUGGACGAGCUUUUCGAGCAGGAGAGGAACUUGAGGACGGCGAUGACGAAUCGAGCUGGUUUACUGGCUCUGAUGCUGCACCAGACCAUCCAACACGACCCGAUCACAACAGACCUGCGCUCUGCUAAGGACAGGUAGACAGACAGGUGGACAGGUAGAGACAGACAGGUGGACAGGUAGACAGACAUGUGGACAGGUAGAGACAGACAGGUGGACAGGUAGAGACAGAAACACAGACAGGUGGAGGAACAGUCACCAUGAAGGGAUUUAAAGUCUUUCCAUUUUAAGUGUGUUUGAAUGUUUCAGUUCUCAGACCAACAACAUGCUCAACACGUUCACCACAGAAACAAACAUGGCCGCCUCGUCUCAUAAUUACAUCAGAACUAUCAGAACUUUGAGACAGUUUAGUUUUAAAUUCUGAAAUCUUUGUCUCAGUGAGGUCGUGAAAAGGUUUACAAGAUGAGAUCUGGUCAUCAUGUGACAGAACCUGAAAUCACUAGGGUUGGGUCGGUUCUCGGUAAUACCAAUUCGGUCCGGUACUCCGUCUUGGACCGGGUUUUAUUUUUUGAGACCGACCAGACCGCAUACUCGGGCAGAACGUACGCGGAGCGGACACCGCGGAGGUCCGCCCGGUAAAAGUGGACGUCCGCAAGCCCUGUGCGCGCAAAGCACGACCGCGCGGAAUUCGCUCUGCACACCAGUGUCACACAAAAGACUGUUCGGCAUGUAUUUUUCACAUCGCGGGGAUUUUUCACGGACAUUUUUACACGUAGUCCGCUCCGCUUAUAGUAAGCCCGAGUCUGUGAGCACCUGUGUCUGCCUCUUCACCAAGCGCACAGCAAGCAGGAGAGAGAGGGGGGUGGGGCAGGGACUGAGCCUGGAGUUUGUUUAAUAGUGACGGGGAGUCGAUAAAAAAGAAGAUUUAAUUUCCAGUCUGAAUCUUGUCAGCAUGUGGGGCGGGGACUGAGCUAGGAGGUGCGAGAGCGCAUGCGCCUCUACUGUAGCCUGGAGUUUGUUUAAUAGUGACGGGGAGUCGAUAAUAGCGGACAAUUUAGUCUCGACGAAAUCAAGGAAUACGCCACUAUGGCAACACUUUGGCUUUGAGCCAGACGAAGGAGGCAACCCUUGUUUGCACUGAUUGAGUAAACUGCAAAAUUUAUUUGUAAGGAAUGAAAGAAACAACUUGUUACUGUCACUCUGUUGUCCUAAGGUCGUUUUUUAUUUUAAAUGAGUCAACUGCGUCCCCAAGUGGCGAAAAUCCGGUAUUACCGACUUUUUACAAAAACCGGACCGUUUUUUUUUUCUCAUACUGACCCAACCCUAGAAAUCACCGGGCGUUAUUUUACUGAUUACAAGAAAAUAAUUCAUAAUUAUCAUCAUAAGGGUCUGUUAAUGACAAGAUAAAGGUGACAUCCUUCUGAAGUCUCACAGUCAUGAGAUGGUUUAUUGUGAUUAUGAUACUGUUUCUCUGUGGUGAAUCUGAUGACAUCAUUAAUAACAGUAUUGAUCCUUGAUGUUUUUAUAUGGUUUUAUUCCAACAGUACUACACUACCACGGUUGCUAUGGAGACGUAAACCACUCUCCUUUACUAUUCCCUAAAAGUUUAAGGCAUUAUGAAAUAUAUGAUCACAUGAAUGAAUACAGACAGAAUCUGUGAUGUUUAUAUGAUGCAAUACGGGUUUAAAACUUAUGUAUGAAAAAAUCCUUUCACAAUAAGAGCUUCUUGCAGACAGAUGGACUCCAGUGACAGACAGCGUCAUUACAGAACAUCAUGAUAAAGAAUAGUAAAUACAUAAAAAAAAACAACUCAGAUCUGAAGCUGAACAGUUUUUAAUUUUUCAUCAUAAAGUUUUUUUAAUCUUAAAUUUCAAACAAACCGAAAUAAACUCUUUUAUUGUGAAGAGCAGCUGGGCAAAUAACAUGUCAUCAUUUUUAUAUUAAUAACAUUUUAUAUUUCCUGUAUUCAUUCAUAUGAUAAUAUAUUUAUUUAGUAUUCAACACUAGUGUUGUUUUUAAUGUGUAAUAAGAAAACAACAACAUGCAGCUAAAACUUUAAUAUGUUUAGUUUUUUAUCCUGAUGGUUUUGUUGUCUCAUUUUAUAUCUCAGUGUUCUGCUACAUAUUUUUUAUUAUUUGUUCAUGUUGUUUUUUACUGUUUGUAGAAACUGUUUGUUUGUUUGUUCAUGUCGUUGUAUUCAAACUGAUGUUUCAUUAAAAACUGAUGUU